AUGCAGGCUCCCGUAGAGGAUGAGGAGGAUGAGGAGGAGGAGGAGGAGGAGUAGACCUGGUUGGAAGCCAGUAGGCAGCAGCUCUAGAACACUUCGAACUUCAGGUUCAGCCUGCUGCGAAAGAUCUCCAAGAGACACGAUGGCAACAUGGGUUUCUCCCCACCUGGCAUGUCCUUGGCCAUGGCAGGCAUGAUGCUGGGGGCUGCAUGGGCCCUGAAUGGGACCGAGCCCACACCUCUGCCUGCCCUCAUCCACAAGGAUUUUGGUACGAAAAAGGCCUUCUUUGAUUUAUCCAAGAGGUAUUUUGAUACAGAGUGUGUGCCUACAGACUUUCACAAUGCCACACAGGCCAAAGGGCUCAUGAAUCAAUACAUUAACAAAGAGACUCAGGGGAAAAUUCCCAAACUCUUUGAUGAGAUUAAUCUUGAAACCAAAUUAAUUCUUGUGGAUUACAUCUUGUUCAAAGGUACUUUGAUAACGAAAUGGCUGACCCCAUUUGACCCUGUCUUCACCGAACCCAACACUUUCUACCUGCACCAGUACAAGGCCAUUAAAAUGCCCAUGAUGUACAGGAAACAAAGCCUGGAGGGCCUUACAGACAGCCAGGACACACCCCAAGGACUCAUAUCCAUGUGUAACGGUGAGAUUAAAAAUGGAAUCCACUUAAGUAGGACCCUGUUGGGUAUCCUUGGCCUGCAGUCAGACCUUACCAUCUCAGGGAAGGUUUUACAAAGAGCAGUGACUGAAGUUGAUGAAAAAGGAGCUGAGACAGUGGCAGGAACGUCAGAAAUUAUUGCUUAUUCUAUGCCUCCCAUUGUCAAAGUGAAUCAGCCGUUUCAUCUCAUGACCUAUGAAGAAACCUCUAGGAUGCUUCUCCUUCUGGGCAGCACGGUGAAUCCUACUCUCCUGUGA